GAAGUGGCCAAUUAGGAUUCAAAAAUGAUUUAAUAUAUGACCGUUGCCAAACGUUCAAAAAUUUCUAAAUCUUGAAAAAAAAGUUGGCUUUAUGUGUGCGUACUUACCGUUGCCCACAAGGGCCCCACUCUUCCCCUUGCCCUUCCCCUUAUCUAAACCACUACCACUUCUCUCGGUCGAAAAUUUCAUUCGUCUUCGCGAUUCUGUAAAUCUUCAGAGGCUAAUGGCGGCGCUGGCACCUGGAAUUAUAUUAAGGCUUCUGAAUGGAAUGAACACAGGGGUCAAGCCAACCGGGGAGCACCGGAGCUCUCUGUUACAGGUGACGGACAUCGUCCCUGCCGAUCUGGAUGAGAAGAAUCUUUUCCCUAAACACGGAUUCUUCAUAAAGGUGACAGAUUCUUCACAUUCAAUUUAUGUCAGUCUUCCCUCAGAGCAAGAUGACAUUGUUCUUAGUAACAAGAUGCAGUUGGGCCAGUUCUUGUAUGUUGAUAAACUGGAACCAGGAUCCCCUGUCCCGAUUGUUAAGGGCGUCAAACCACUACCUGGCCGGCACCCAUUAAUCGGAACUCCAGAACCAAUAAUGGGUCUCAGAGAGAAAGGGGAGAGAUGUGAACAUAAGACCUGUUCAAAGGUUUCAAGUCACAGAAGAGGUUCUUGGGGAACAGGACCAACUGGGACAGAUCCUUCUUCUCCCAUGGUUUUGAAGCCAGUGCCUUUAGAUUUCGAUCAGUGCACACCAGUGAAGGAUCGUUCUAGUGCUAAUUCUGUGAAACUUGGGAACAAUCCACCAAUGUCUCCGAUGAUAAGAAAUAGUAGAAUUAACAAGGAGGGAAUUGGGAGUGCUGGAGUUAGGUGUUCAUUUGGUGGUGGAUUGCUUGUUAAGAUGGUGGAUUCGAAGGGAGAAAGCCCUGCAUUGCUGAGGAAAAGCUGUGUUGCAUCCUCUACCUCGAAAUUCCCACGGUGCAAGAGUGUCUGUGAGAGGGAGCCAAGAGUUCCAAUUAGUCCAUUCAAUUCAGCUGAAAAGAAAAGUGCAACCCCACCUCCAAGUCUAGGAAAAAAAAGAGUGGCAGCUUCCCUCAAUAUGAAUUCAGAUGCACAAGAGUCUGCCAAUUCAAGGAUGGCUUCAGAGGCACAGUCCCAGUCUGGUAAUUCAGCCCCUGCUGUACGUACCAGUCUGCCUAUGAAUUUGCCUGGAAAGCUUAGUGUAUUGGGGAAGGAAGCUGUCCAGCAGCGAGAAACAGCUCAGAAGAUGGCUCUUCAAGCGCUGAGAGAUGCUACGGCCACUGAGACAGUGGUUCGAUCACUCAAGUUAUUCUCAAACUUGAGCAAAUCAGCCAAAACAGAGUCACCUGCAAACUGUUUUGACAAGUUCCUGGAAUUUCAUCACCAAAUUGUGCAAGCUGUGACAGAUAUGGUGUCCAUUCAAGCAGCAACUGAAGUUGCAAAUCUGAAAAGUGAGAAAGAUAAACCACCAGAAGAAGAGUCACAAAUCCUAAACGAAAUUACGCACAAUUCAUAUGAUCAAUGCCGAAACUCAGAGCUAAAUUCAUCCAAGAGACGAUGUGCAUUGUACAAAUCAAUCGCUGCCUUUCCUGAAAGAAAGGAACAGAAGACAAACUCAGAGAAACUACUGAGAUCAUAUGCUAACGCAAAAACUUCAUCAGAAAGAAAAACACUAUCCACUCCACAUGGGAAAUUGUCCCUUGAAGCAAUUACUGAGAAUGAUGAGAAUAAAAAACCAGCCUUUAGCAGCUUGAGCAAUACCAUUAAACUGGGCAAGCAGAUUCAAACAGAAGCUGGAAAUUGGUUCAUGGAGUUUCUUGAGAAAGCUUUGGAAGCAGGGAUGAAGAAAUCGAAAGUUGCAGCGGAUGGGGAUGCUCGAAAAGUUCCUCAGUCUCUCAUACUUAAGGUUAUCAAUUGGGUGGAGGUAGAACAGUGUGAUAGCAGUAAGCGGGCUGUUCAUCCUAAGGCAGCACAAAUAGCUCGGAAGUUGAGAAUCAAAAUGAAGAACCCUUGAUGAUGGGAUUGUUGUAUCAAAAACAAGUCAUAUUAACACUAAAAUUCAAUGGUUCUAUUGUUCUGAAAUAUAUUUCAUGUGUGCAUUAUUUGUACCAUGUUAUUUCCAUAAUAUAACAUAAUGCAUUUUA